AAACUAUUUUCAUUCCUGACAGUCCUAACAUGUGCCAGUUAAUCAGUGUUAAAUACUAAAAAGAGAAAAAAUUUGUGGAUGUCUUUGGUGAGUGUAAAUGCUCAAAAUAUAGAGCUGAAAAAACACUUACAAAGGAACGAAGAAAUCAGCAAGACAUAAAAAUUACUCUCAGUCAUUACUGUUCGUCCAAACGAGCAAGACACAAAAAUCUCGGAUGUUAAAGUUAUUUUUUUUUUUAUAAUUAAUUUGGAUAUCCAUCAAUAAAUUAUCUUAGUAGUAAACAACAUAAUGAAUAAUAAAAAAUCAAAUCUAGUUUUUUUUGUGAAUGGCAAAAAGAUAAAUGAUGAAAGCCCUGACCCUGAAAUUACUUUACUACGUUAUCUAAGAGAGAAGCUUCGAUUAUGCGGCACAAAACUUGGAUGUGCAGAAGGCGGUUGUGGUGCUUGCACUGUAAUGAUUUCAAGAUAUGAUCGAUGUGCUGGAAUUGUUAAGCACUUUUCAGCUAAUGCAUGUUUGAUGCCGGUAUGUGCACUGCAUGGAAUGUCAGUGACAACCGUUGAAGGAAUUGGAAACACGAAGGAUCGUCUUCAUCCAGUUCAAGAAAGAAUUGCAAAAGCUCAUGGAUCACAAUGUGGAUUUUGUACUCCUGGAUUUGUCAUGUCAAUGUAUGCAUUACUUAGAAAUACUCCGAAACCAGAUAUGAAGGAACUUGAAGUUGCAUUUCAAGGAAAUUUGUGUCGCUGUACUGGAUAUCGUCCAAUCAUUGAAGGAUACCGAACAUUUACUAAGGAAUAUGCAUGUGGAAUGGGAGAUAAGUGCUGUAAAGUCACAGGAAAUGGAUGCAAUGGGGAAGUCGAAGACAAACUUUUUGAACCAAGUCAAUUCGCACCUUACAAUCCGUCACAGGAACCAAUUUUCCCACCAGAAUUAAAACUCACUGAUCAAUAUGAUAAGGAAGUCUUGAAAUUCUCAAAUGAUCGUGGAGUUAUUUGGUAUCGUCCAACAGAAUUACAGGAAUUGCUAGCAUUCAAAAAGGAACACAAAGAAGCAGCCAAGAUUGUUGUUGGAAAUACUGAAGUUGGUGUUGAAGUGAAAUUUAAACAUUUUGAUUACAAAUAUUUUGUGAAUCCAUCUCAAAUCAAUGCACUGAAUCAAAUCGAUGUCUUACGUGAUGGAAUUAAAAUUGGAUCGGCAGUCACUUUAUCAGACAUUCAAAUAUUUCUUCAAAAACAAGUCAAUGAACUUCCAGAAUCAGAAACCAGAAUAUAUAAAAGCAUUGUUGAGAUGCUUCACUGGUUUGCAGGCAUGCAAGUUCGAAAUGUAGCAUCAAUUGGUGGGAAUAUCAUGACUGGAUCACCCAUUUCUGAUUUGGUUCCAAUUUUGAUGGCUGCAAAUGCGGAAUUAGAAGUUGAGAGCCUUGAUGGAGGACGAAGAACAGUAAUCAUGAAUGAGAAGUUCUUUACUGGCUAUAGAAGAAAUAUCAUUAACAACUCAGAGGUUCUCAUAUCUGUCUUCAUUCCGAAGACUUCAAAUAAUCAACAUUUCUUGGCAUACAAACAAGCCAAACGUCGAGAUGAUGAUAUUGCUAUUGUUAAUGCUGCUAUUAAUAUCAAAUUCGAAGAUCGUGCAAAGAUUAUUAAGGAAGCAAAAUUAGCAUUUGGAGGAAUGGCACCAACUUCAGUACUUGCAACCAAAACGGCAGAAAAAAUGUCAGGUAAAGUUUGGAAUCGUGAACUGGUUGAGAUUGUAAACAAAAGUUUAUUGGAAGAGAUUCCUUUGUCAGCUGAUGCACCCGGCGGAGUUAUUUCUUAUCGUCGAUCACUCACACUAAGUUUGUUCUUUAAAGCAUUUCUCAAUAUUAGCAAUGAAUUGGAAAAGUCAAUGGACUUAAAAAUUUUGGAAGAUCGAGAUAGAAGUGGAAUUAAAGGCUUCCACACCUUGACUCCAAAAAGUGCUCAGUUGUUUGAGAAAGUAUCAUCUGAUCAACCAAAAACAGAUCCAAUUCAUCGUCCUAUGGUUCAUGCAUCAGCAUAUAAGCAAGCAGCAGGAGAAGCAAUUUAUGUUGAUGAUGUAUCAAGGCAUGAAGAUGAGCUAUACCUUGCUUUAGUUUUAAGUACAAAAGCACAUGCGAAAAUACUAUCAAUUGAUGCCAACGAAGCAUUAAAACUUCCGGGAGUUCACGCCUUCUUUUCAGCCAAAGAUCUUACUCCUAAUCAAAAUAAAAUUGGACCUGUUUUUCAUGAUGAAGAACUGUUCAUAAGUGAAAUUGUUACAAGUAAAGGUCAAACUUUAGGUGCCAUUGCCGCUGAUGAUCAAAACAUUGCCCAAAAAGCAGCAAGAUUAGUGAAAGUUGAGUAUGAAGAAAUUCAUCCAGUCAUUGUAACAAUGGAAGAUGCAAUUAAACACGAAUCAUUCUUGCCUGGAUAUCCAAAAUAUCUCAAAAAUGGUGACAUUGACAAAGCCUUUAAAGAUGCAGAUCACAUUGUUGAAGGUGAAGUUCGGAUGGGAGGUCAAGAACAUUUUUAUUUAGAAACAAAUGCUGCUAUUGCAAUACCAAAAGACACAGAUGAAAUUGAAAUAUUUGCAUCAACCCAACAUCCAUCUGAAAUUGCCAAAUUAGCUGCUCAUACGUUGGGAAUUCCCAUAAAUCGUAUAGUAUGUAGAGCUAAGAGAUUGGGUGGUGGAUUUGGAGGCAAAGAGAGUCGAGGAACUCUCACAGCUCUUCCAGUGGCAUUUGCUGCUUACAAAUUGAGACGUCCCGUAAGAAUGAUGCUUGAUCGUGAUGAAGAUAUGCUUAUUACAGGCACAAGACAUCCAUUCUUAUUUAAAUACAAAACUUCAUUCCAAAAUGAUGGAAAAAUUACAGGCUGUGAUCUUAGAGCCUUCAACAAUGCUGGUUAUUCCUUUGACUUAUCAUUCAGUGUACUUGAUCGCGCAGUCUUUCACUUCCAAAAUGCUUACAAAAUUCCAAAUGUUAAAAUUGAGUCAACAUGUUUAAAAACAAAUCUGCCAUCAAAUACUGCAUUUAGAGGCUUUGGGGGUCCGCAAGGCAUGAUGGUAGGCGAGCACAUUAUCAGAGAUAUUGCUAGAGUUUUAAAGAAAGAUGUCAUUGAAAUCAUGAACAUCAAUAUGUACAAUAGUGGUGAUCUAACUCAUUACAAUCAGUUACUGCCUGAUUGUAAUAUGCGAAGAUGUUUCAACGAAGUAAGAGCAACAGCAAACAUGUCUGAACGACGCAGCGCAACAGAAGAAUUCAAUAAAAACAAUCGAUGGAAAAAACGCGGAAUUGCUCUGACUAACUCAAUGUUUGGUAUUGCAUUUACAGCACCGCAUUUAAAUCAAAGUGGAUCCUUAGUUCAUGUUUAUGUUGAUGGAUCAGUCUUAGUCUCACAUGGUGGAAUAGAAAUGGGUCAAGGACUGCACACUAAAAUGUUACAAGUAGCUUCAACAACACUACAAAUUCCAGUCGAUAGAAUUCAUAUUCAAGAAUCAGCAACAGACAAAGUUCCUAAUACUUCGCCCACUGCUGCAUCUGCAGGUUCCGAUUUGAAUGGAAUGGCAGUUUUGAAUGCAUGUAAGCAACUUUAUGAACGACUUGCACCGUACCGAGAAAAGAAGCCAGAAGGUGGAUGGAAUGUGUGGGUUAAUGACGCGUAUUUCGACAGAGUUUCUUUAUCAGCUGUUGGAUUUUAUUUAACACCUGGUAUUGGAUAUAAUCCAGCCACAAAUUCAGGUCAUCCAUUUAAUUAUUACACUCAUGGAUCAGCAGUAUCUGAGGUUGAAAUCGACUGCUUGACUGGUGAUAAUCAAGUCAUUAGAACUGAUAUUGUUAUGGAUGUUGGAUCAUCAUUAAAUCCAGCAAUUGAUAUUGGACAAAUUGAAGGUGCAUUCAUGCAGGGAUAUGGUUUAUUUACAAUUGAGGAAUUGAUUUACUCACCAGAUGGAACUUUAUAUUCAAGAGGCCCAGGAAUGUACAAGAUUCCAAGUUGGAGUGACAUACCAGGUGAAUUCAAUGUCUCAUUGCUGACUGGAGCUUCGAAUCCUCGAGCUGUGUAUUCUUCAAAAGCCAUUGGAGAACCACCAUUGUUCCUAGCUUCCUCAGUGUUUUUCGCUAUAAAGGAAGCAAUCGGAGCUGCAAGAAAGGAAGUGAAUUUAGAUCCACAUAUUUAUUUACAAUCUCCAGCUACAUCAGCAAGAAUCAGAAUGGCAUGCAAAGAUGAAAUCAUCAAAAAUGUUAUCGAACCCGAGGAAGGAACAUUUAAACCAUGGAAUAUUGCACCUUAAACAUCAAAUUUACUGUAUUUCAUUAAACAAAUAAUUACUAUUUACAGCAUAAAAAUUUGGUCCAAAAUCUCGAUUUUACUUGCUUUCUAGAUCUACUCGAUUGAAUAGAUGAAGCUGAAAAAUUGUUUUAUAUUUACUAGACUUUUAAGUCAAUAAAGAUCAUGUACUCACGACAGUCAUUAAUAGAAUAAUUUGUGGCAGCAUUCUUCUGGAAUGAAACGUGCUUCCUUAUAAUUUCAGUGUCUGUGAGACUGUCAGAGUUGCAUAUCGAAAGAUGGGAAUCUAGUUCUGAAUCUAUUGAAGUUCUCGAUAAAUUUUGAUUUUCAUUCGGUCUGUUGAUUGUUGGAGUUGACAAUGAUUCUGAUUUUCGGUUUGAGGAUGUUUUUAUCUGAUUAGAGAUUAUUGAAUGUGAGUUUGAAGAUUUUUGGUGAAAUUUCUUCUUUCUUGUAUCAAAAUCCAUUGAAGUAUCUGUCGUGCUUGUUAAGAUAGUCUCGUUAUUCAUAUAAGUCAAAAUUAAUGAUUGAUUUGAGCUUGACCUUGGGAACCUAAUGAAAUAUUUAAUAAUGUAGAUUUUUUUAAUAUUGAAGUUAAUGUCUAUCAGUAAAGAG